AUGGAGGACAUCUUCUUUGACUUUGAACAAGAUGCAACCACGGACUACGCGUUCUGGGGUCAGAUGGACCCCAACUUUCAGUUCCAGACCCAGCUGGACACCCUGCUCUUGGACUGCAACACGUCGGUAUUCCCGGACGAGCAGCUGACCUUCACCGAUCUGGACUCCCAGUCGCCCGGCCUCGGCGGCGGUACGGAAGCCGACAGCUCCUCGGGGGACGAGAACGUCGAGAGCGGCACGCGACGCUCGAGGCGCCUCUCGGCCCACCCCCCGUACAAAAUCCAGAGGCACGCCGCCAACAUCCGGGAGCGGAAGCGGAUGCUGAGCAUCAACUCGGCCUUCGAGGAGCUCCGGUGCCACGUGCCAACGUUCCCCUACGAGAAGCGGCUGUCGAAGAUCGACACCCUGCGGUUGGCCAUCGCAUACAUCGCCCUGCUCCGAGAGAUUCUCCUGUCGGGAUGCGACCCCAAGUCCUACGUUGACGAGUGCAUGAAGAACGGCUACAAGAACCAAACCAACGCCAUCUGGAACACGAGCGAUCUGACAGCCCGCCUAUCCUGGAUAAAGUGGGAUUAACCUCAGCGAGGGGCACCCCUAAAGUGCGAAGAUUGAGGGGGGGGGGGACUGUUGUUCCCUCCCCCUCACCUCUCGCUCUUUCUCUUUCCGGACGUGCGAGAGGGAGAACCCCAUCUGUAGACUUCUCACCAGAUCGCCCCCCUCCCACUCACCCUCGGUUUCUUAUCUUAUUCUAAUUUGUUAUUGACUGGUAAUUGAGAGCCAUUGUC